AUGAAGAAUACAGAAAAAGAAAAAGAUAAUGAAAGCACAAAGAAGAAAGAUGAAGGCGAGAGUGGAAGCUCAACACUAUUGAGAAACCCCUUAAUGGAACUCGAGGAAAUGGGACAGGAGGACAUGGGACACCUGGAAAAUAUGAAGAAAACUUUAGCUGAAAUGCUGGCAGCGACGAAGAAACAGCCAAACAUCAGCCAAGUCGUCAAAGCAGGGCUGACGGCAAUGGUGGAACUUUGUGAUGCCCUGGUCACUCAGGAGAAGAAGAGGACCUUACUUCAAAAUAAGUUGAAAGAGGAAGUGGAGAAGCUGCCCAAGUGGUCCCCCUCCAAAAAGGGAGGUACAGGAAGCAGGAAACGUCGGAAGGAAGAACUGGCUGAUUUCAGUGAUUCUGAAGAGGAAGAACUAAUUGAAACUGAAAUCGAUGGCUCAGGCCAAGUAGUUACUGACUCGGAUGCUACAAGCUUACCAGAGAGGACCAGAUUCCAAAAAAGCAAGCAGGACCUAGGUAAGGAGAAUGAAAGGAAGGCUGUUCAUGAAGCAAAGAGAGAGGCAGAUUGA